AUGAUGCGUCGUUUGGCGCCAAAUCGAUGCGAAGGCUGCGAAGACGCGGCCGUGGAGUUACAGAAGGAGCUGUUUAAUUACAACAGGGUAAAUGAAUGGAAAAAGGAGCUCGACUAUUUUAACCACCAAGAAGAGGAAAUGCAGAGGACUAUUCUGGGAAUUAUGGACAGCAUCAUCGAGGACAGCAAAAGGAAGUAUGAGCUUGUAAUGCAGGCAAACUAUGAUCUUCGCGUUUCGUUAUGGCAUAUGCGAAGCUUUUUUGAAGAAGCUACCUACAUCCCGAGCGAUGUACGAGCCCGUAGGCCUGAGGAGCCAAGGGAGGAGGCCCCUCCUCAGCAAGGAAGUAUCGACACAAGAAGUGAGGAAAAUGAAGAAUAA